UACACCAUUCGCAAACCGUAACAAACUAAUCUUCAAUUAUAAGCCCUUCUAUUUAUCUUCCGCCUCUAAAAAUCACCCUUUGCCCUCUUUUGCCGCUUUGCCCUAAAACUUCAUCCAUGGCUCGUCGUAGCUCCGGUGGAGUUUUUUUCCUUUCAAAUAUGAAUGAGAACAUGAAGCACUUUCAAAAGAAAUUAACAGAAUUGGAACUCGAAGCUGAACAUCUUCUCUUAGCCCGGCAUCAGCUGGUUGAGAAUGAUAAGUUGAGGAAUGGGAACAGAGAAGCACUUACUGCAUUAAGGAAAAAGGCUCGAACAACAACGAGUAGUGUUCCAUCUCCUUAUGGAUCAAUAAUGAAGGGAGUUUCAAGACCUCUGGUGCAAGAAGUGUGUACCACCUGUGGUAACCAUGACUCUUUCGAGCAGACGUGGACAAUGUUUCCAGGAACUGAUCUGUUUGUUGGAAUUCCAUUUCAUGCCGCUCAUACUAUAUUGGAAACAGAUCAAGCAGAGCUUGACUUUGAGGCAAAGAAACUACAGAGCAUUGUGAAGGAAAAAACACUUAUUAUAUCAGAAACAGGUGCUCUUGCAGACAAGAUUAGUCCAGGAGUGCUUAAAUCGCUUGUAACCUUAAACGACAAACGAAAGUAAGAUGCUUUAUGCCGACUAUGGCGUGUCACAGUGUCUUUUGGAAAUGAUUUCUUCAGGCAUUUAGGUAGUUUAUUCAAGUCUUGAUGUUGAAGACAAGUGAGUGUCAUGAAUUAUCUCUACCUAUCAGCUUUACUUCUACAUGCACCAACCAGUAACCUAUGCACAAGUUUCUCUGAAGUUACACUUUCUACCUAUCAGCUUUAUCAUCUUGAAGUUUUAGAAGCUGCUCAUAAGAUUUAUAUAUCUCACCCUGAGAAAAGUACAAAGUUAUGAGUCAUAGAUAUUUCUUUUUGUUAGUUGAGGCUUAUUAUUACAGUGACAUCUUAUUUAGAUUUGAUUCUCUAUUGAGUGGUCUAUUACCAAAUAUCUAAAUGGACUCUGCUCUCAGUGACUCUGUUACCAAAUAUCUAAAUGGUGAAAUUUGAUUACACAACAGUGUAAAAUCAUAUUAUAUUGUACAUAA